CCUCCAAAAGCCCGUAGUACGUGCCAAACUUGCUACGCACCCGAGGGCAAAAGCGCACGCCAUGAGGCGCGACAGGAUGGCGGCGGCGGUGGCGGCGCUGCUGCUGCUGGCGGCGGCCAUGUCGGCGGCGCCGGCAUCGGGGCAGGCGGUGGCGACAUCGUGCACGGCGUCGCUGAUCACGACGUUCACGCCGUGCCUCAACUUCGUGACGGGGAGCACCAACGGCGGCGGGUCGCCGACGCAGCAGUGCUGCGGCUCGCUGGCGGAGAUGGUGCGCACGGGCGCCGACUGCGCCUGCCUCAUCCUCACCGGGAACGUGCCCUUCAGCCUCCCCAUCAACCGCACGCUCGCCAUCUCCCUCCCCAAGCUCUGCAGCUCCACGUCCGUCCCGCUGCAGUGCAGAGACACAGCAACACAAAUCCCAGCUCCAGGCCCCGUCGCAUUUGCUCCGGCGCUGCCCCCUCUGCCACCGAUUCCACCGGAAUCUUCACAGGAGCCCGAGUCUCCGGGGGCGACGUCGCCGGCGGUGGACUCGCCGCCAUUCAGCCAGAGGCCGGUGGUGGUGCCCAGCUCGGCAUGGAGGAGUUCUCACGUGCCCGUGGCGGCUGUCGCCAUUGUGCUGUCGAUAGCUGCAUCCAUUUUCGUUUGAUUAGGAUGUGUAUCGUAGGAUGCAUGUGUUGUGUUUAUGUGGUUUCAGAAGGGACUACUACUCGGAGAUUACUUUUUGGGGAAUCGAAUUGGUUGUGUAAUCAUAAUUUUGUAUAUCAGGAUAGGGACAUUAUUAGAACUCAGAAUGAAAUAUGUUUUUCAUGCAAAAAAGUUAUAUUUUUCAGUUUA